AUGGCACCUAAACUUGAGUCCGCUUUUACUAUGCGAGGCUACAUGGAUGCAGAGAAUAGCGUCAACCUGAACGCUAUCAAAUCCGGGCCCCAUCGCAUCAUUGUUCCGAUGAAUCGUGGAUUUCUUGAAGGAUCCGGGCUCAAGGCCCAGGUGCUACCUGGCAGCGGUGAUUGGAUUCUGACCGACCCUACAACGAAUGUGUCUCAUCUCGACGUUCGCAUCCAAGCCCGCACCGAGAACGGUCACAGUCUCCACAUUCAUUACAACGGCAAACUGAAGGCGAACGACAAGGUGAACAAAGUCUUGACAUUUGCCUCCGACGCGAAAUCUACGGACUACGGGGACCAGGAGUGGUUUGCUACGCCCAUCAUCGAAACUAGUGACCCCAAGUUCAAAUGGGUGGAGGAGUCUGUGUUCGUUGGCCAGGGCCACUUUGUUGUUGAACCGACUGGCUCGGCGGUUGAGUACCAAAUUUACCGGGUUGUAAACUAG